UUCCCCUCCCCCUUUUCCCCUUAAAUGCCCUCCGCCUCUCCACUCUCCCCAUCCCGUGGGCGAGAGGCGGCGAAGCUACGUACAGGCUCUCGUCGUGGGCGGCGAUGGCUGGUGCUGAUGGCGAGCUAUUCGAGGUCGGCAAAGCGUGCUCGGGCAGCCGGCGCGGAAGCGAGAAUAGUAGCCCAAGAGAAGGAGAAAAAAUGUCGGUCAGCAAGACCCACAGCCAACCCAGAUACGUAUGUGCGUGUGUACGACUGUAGCAUAUCAGCAGUGCGGAACACAUCAACCUAGUCGCGUUAGAAGGCAUUCGCUGUCCUGCACGCAUGGCUGGAUCCAAUCUUCGGUCGCAUCCGGCUUCCCUAAACCAAACGCAGGAACGCAGGAUCCGGAAACGCGUACAAUCGUGAUUUCGCUGCGCGAGCACAAUUUGUGGGCCGCGAUCCCUGGGCACGCGCGGGUCUCACGAGCGCUCUCUAUCAGCUACUGGUGGCCCUAUGUAGAAUCACAUGCGGCACGCACACGAGGUGACUGGGCACCUACCAAAGACACGAGACAGCAGAGUCGCCGUAGAGGCCCUACGAGCAUAAAGGCAGAGAGAGAGGAGUUGUGCGACGGCGCGGGAGGAGGCAGCGGGAGGCGCCUGGCGGGACGGGAAAAGGGGAAUUGGGGGGUUUACACGACGACCCGUCUCUCGCAGCUCUGGAUAGCGGCCGGAUCCAUUCGACGCGAAUGGUGUCGCAUGGCGACACCGCACCUAACACACAGGAAUGACGAGAGCCACGAGAGCCAACCUGUGUUGUUCUUUUUUAAUCCUCAGCAACUUCAGAUUCGGUAUUGUCAUCAUGUCAGAGGGAUGGGGCUGAGGCUUGCGGUGAUUGGCCGACCGGGGUCUUGGGCACCCACGAUGCAGAGGCCGGGUCCUACACACACGCGCACACACGUAUAUUUUCAGGCUCGGGUGCAUUGAUACCCAACGGUGAGGGAGGGAGUGAAUGAAUGAGAGAGAGUGAGAGAGAGAGAGAGAGGAAGAGGAAGAGGGAGAGAAUUGAGGAUGAGCCAGUGGGCGAGUGGGCGAGCAUUUCCAACUUUUUUUUUUUGGCUUCUUUCCUUUCUCUCACCCCUUCUCUCUUUUUGCUCCCUUUGCUCUGUCGCGUGCUUUUUUUAUUUAUCAUCGUCAUUAUUUUGCUCGUUCAUCACCACUCUGAUCAUCCUAUGCCUGAUUACGCCCAGGCGUUAUGAGGAUAUCAUGAGGCCAUCGUUCGUCGGUGGUGGACGG